GCCAAGUCCAGCGGCGGACCCAAGGCUCUUCCCGUGCUGCUCUGCCACCAAGUCUUCGCUGCCGGUCUCGAGCAAGCCGUGACCGAGGGCGUGCUGACUGUCGAGGUUGCGGCGGCCAUGGCCUUCGACGGCCGCCGCAACGGCUACAGCCCCACCAAGCUGCCGUUCAUCAAGCAGAAGUUCGAGUGUGCGCUGCCCGAGAAGGUCUACGAGCUCGGUCCGGGAGAGAAGGCGCCGCCUAAGCCCGCUGGCGAUGCGCCGCCGGCGCGUAGCCGCAAGUUCUCGGUCACGAUCACCGAGGCGGCCAAGAUCGACCUCGAGGUGCUGACCGACUUCUGCGUCGCCGACCGCCGCACCAUCAUGGCUGCCAGCGCCGCGACGACCGACAAGGUGACGACGGCGCUGCAAGCCCUCGAAAUUCUCUUCCGCCACGAGCCCACGCGCAUCUUCAAGGUGCACGGCGCGCAAGGCCGCCGCUUCUUCGACCCCAAGCUCGCUGUGCCCAUGGCCGGCGGCGGCGAGGUGUGGAAGGGCUUCUUCCAGUCGGUGCGCGCCACGAUGGGCGGCCUCGUUGUCAACAUCGACGUGGCCUUCUCAGCAUUCCUCGGCGGCGGCGACUUCCUCACGGUGUGCGCCAAGGUGCUGGGCGUGCCCGGCGGUGCUCCCGGCGGUGCGCGCGGCGGCUUCCGUGGCGGUCGUGGAGGCGACCGCGGAGGCUUCCGUGGCGGCCGUGGCGGCCAGCCUGCGUUCCAGGGCGGCGCUCACGGCGGCGGCGACCGUCUGCUUCACAUCACGCAGCCGCAGGCUCAGGAGCUGCGCAAGCGCCUCGCCAAGGUGCAGAUCCGCGUCACGCACCGCCCGGCCACGAAGCUCGAGAUCUUCAAGGGCUUCACGCCCCGCAGCGCCGCCGAGACGACGUUCAAGCAGCGCGAUGGCAGCACGAUGAGCGUGCUGGAGUCUACCGCACGAAGGUACUACAACUACACAAUCUUGUACCCGAACCUGCCCUGCGUGCUCGUCGGCGGCCAGGGCUCAUUCGUGCCGCCCGAGUGCUGCAUCAUCGUGCCCGGCACGCCGCUGCCGCCGCUCAAGCUCAGCCCCACACAGAUCCAGGACAUGAUCCGCGAGAGUGCUCAGAAGCCUGCCGACCGCGCGGCUCGCAUCGCCGACAUCCGCCGCGACCUCGCAUACGAGAAGGACAGCCGCUUCGCCUCGUGGGGCCUCGAGGUCUCGCCUGAGCCCGUGGCGCUGCAGGGCCGCGUCCUACCGGCGCCGACGGUCACGUACGGCGGCAACAAGACUGCCCGUCCGAACAACGGUUCGUGGAACCUCAACGGCCAGCGCUUCUCCGCAAGCUGCAAGCCGCUGAUCUGCUGGAGCGUCGUCAACUUCACGCGCCAGGACUGCGGCCCAUUCGUCAAGUUCCUCAUCCAGACGCUGCGCGGCCUCGGCAUGAACAUCGUCAACGAUGCGCCGCCGAUGAUCGCCGGCAACCCCGACCCGCAGAGUGUGCGCACGACCCUCGAGGGUGCCGGUAAGCAGGCCUUUGCCCAGGCAAAGGCGAAGCUCGGAGCCAAGGCGCCGCCGCCGCAGUUCUUCCUCUGCUUCAUGGAUCGCACCGACGCGUCGCUCUACGAGGCCAUCAAGCGCGCUUGUGCGAUGCAGCUGGCAAGCCCCGUGCCGUCGCAGGUCGCCAACACGACAAAGUGCCUCAAGGAGCGCGGCGUAGAGCAGUACUGCAGUAACCUCGCUAUGAAGAUCAAUAUCAAGCUGCAGGGCACGAACCAGAUCGUCACCGGCCCCAAGGACCUGCCCGGCCUCGACCCUAAGGCAAUGAUGGUCGGCAUCGAUGUCACGCACGCCGGCCCCGGCAGCGACAUGCCCUCCAUUGCCGCCUCGGUGGCGACGAUGGACGGCCAGCGCUUCAAGUACAGCUCCGAGCUGCGCGCCCAGCGCAACACGCGCGGCGGCUCGCAGGAGAUUGUCAUCGAGCUCGAGCAGAUGAUGCUGGGCCACCUGCGUCGCUGGGUCGGCGUACCCCCGCCCGUGCUCCUCGUCUUCCGCGACGGCGUUUCCCAGGGCCAGUACGCCGCGGCUGUAGAGAAGGAAGUUCAUGCCAUUCGAAAGGCAUGCCAAUCAUUCCGGGCAGGCUACGCGCCCAAGGUGACGUACAUCGUCUGCUCGAAGCGCCACCACAUCCGCUUCUUCGCCGAGAACCCGCAAGACAACGACCAGCGCUCGGCGUCGCUGCCGUCGGGCACCGUCGUCGACCAGGUUGCCACGCAUCCGUUUGCGUUUGACUGGUACGGACAGUCGCACGGAGGCCUCGUCGGUACUCCGCGCAGCGUGCACUACGUGUGCCUCCUCGACGAGAAUAAAUUCUCCUCGGACAACAUCCAGACCGUCGUCCACUCGCUCUGCUUCUCCUACGCGCGCGCCACCCGUUCCGUCGCGCUCGUGCCCGCCGCCGCGUACGCCGACAUUCUCGCCGAGAAGGCGCGCUGCCUCGUCUAUGGCGAGGGCGCCUCGGACGUCGCCACGUCCGUCUCGUCGGCCACGCGCGAGCGCACGCCCCUGCCCGAGAUCGACACCACGGCCGUGAUGCGCUCGCUGGAGCGUGAUCCGACCUUUUGCCAGGCCCUAUGGUUCUUGUAG